GGCUGUGUUCCUACGUACACGUACACCAGGGACGUACGUACGUGUACGUACAUACGUACAGGCAUGGCUACGUUCCACCGCAACAGAGGUAUACUCGUGGAUAUCGCUUGCACUACUUUCGUUGGACUCCUUGUCGUUUGCAUCAACUUGUUCACGCAGCCCACCAAGAGGGGUUUCUUCUGUGACGAUGAAUCCAUCAGAUAUCCUUUUCUACCCCAGACCAUUUCGACCGGACCUCUAGCAGCUUUCUGCUUCACCCUACCAGCCUUUGUUUUCCUUGUGGUGGAAGGGUUCCGAUUAUUCGACACCAGCACUCCUCGAGAUUCUUGGCACUCUGUGUCUUCCAGUCUGCUCAAGAACAUCUACGAGCUCUACGGAAUAUUUCUGUUCGGCGUUGGCCUCAUGCAGAUCACUAGCGAUGUGGGGAAAUACACAAUAGGACGUUUAAGGCCUCAUUUCUACGACGCCUGCAAGCCCUACCCGGAGGAUGUCUGUGGUCCUGGCAAGGACCAUGUUUACGUCACGGACUACGAGUGUUCUGGAGACCCUGACGUCGUAGCAGAAGCUAGGUUAUCGUUUCCCUCUGGACACGCGUCUCUAGCUUUCUACUCAGCGAUUUACACAGGGGUGUAUCUCCACCACAGACUGUACUGGAGGAGAGCUCGACUGUCCCGACUCCUAAGUCAGUUUGUGCUGCUGAUGUUGGCCUGGUACACGGCCCUGUCUAGAGUCAUGGACAACAUGCACCACGCGACUGACGUACUCGCUGGCAUCGCCAUAGGCUCCAUCUGGGCACUUUUCAUGGCCAUCUUCGCAAUCGACAUGCGCUUGGGUUCCAACAACGUAACGAAAGAGGAGUUACGAUCGUUGAGGGCCACUCCGCUAGGGACCCCGGGACCUAACCAAGUGUAGCAUCAGGCCACUCCUUGUACAUAUGCACAUAGUGUCAUUUUACAUGUCUAUACUGACUUAGCUGAUUAAGUACCCCAGUCAUUCCAGUCUCAAGCUUUGUAUUAUAGGUUUAGUUUUAUUUAUGUGAUUAAAUUAGUGUUAAGUUGCUGUUAGUGCUAAUUAUUGUAAAUAGAAUAUUUUAUACAAAUGGAA